AUGGUCAGGGCAGCGUCGCCGGCGCUCUCGGAAAAUGAGGUGGAUAUCACGAAGAGCCUGUUCCAGGAUGGAGGAUUCGGCAGCGAUUCAGACGAAGAGGCGCAGGUUGUUGGAAGAAAGGAAGACCUGAACGCUGGCCUUUCAGACGGCGAAGAGGACGAGGCUUUCAUCGCUGCCACUCAGGCUGCCGCCAAUCGCCGCAAUGACUCGAAGCCAGCGAAGAAGGCCGGCGCCUUUCAGACGAUGGGACUCAACACGCACUUGCUGAAGGCCAUUACCCGCAAAGGCUUUUCGGUACCCACGCCUAUCCAACGCAAAACGAUUCCUUUGAUUUUGGACGGGCAAGAUGUGGUCGGCAUGGCAAGGACAGGUUCUGGAAAGACUGCAGCCUUCGUGAUCCCCAUGAUCGAGAAGCUCAAGUCGCACAGCGCCAAAGUCGGAGCGAGAGCUAUCGUUCUUUCACCGUCAAGAGAAUUGGCACUGCAGACGUUGAAAGUGGCGAAAGAGAUGGGCAAAGGAACAGAUCUCAGGACAACACUCCUAGUUGGUGGAGACAGCUUGGAGGACCAGUUCGGCAACAUGGCAAGCAAUCCGGAUAUCAUCAUUGCUACGCCAGGUCGUUUCGAGCAUCUGAAAGUCGAAAUGGGACUGGAGCUGAGCAGUGUGAGGUACGUGGUGUUCGAUGAGGCCGAUAGACUCUUCGAAAUGGGGUUUGCAGCACAAUUGCAUGAGAUCAUGCAUUCUUUGCCAGCUUCACGGCAGACGCUGCUCUUCUCCGCCACACUGCCCAAGAGCCUUGUGGAGUUUGCACGGGCUGGCCUGCAAGAUCCAAAACUCGUCCGUCUCGAUGCGGAGAGCAAGAUUGCACCCGGUCUACAGAGCGCUUUCUUCACUGUCAAGCGGGCAGACAAAGAAGGUGCUCUCUUGCAUGUCCUACAAGAUGUGGUCAAAAUGCCGACAGGGGAGACGGAGGCGACCAAGAAAGCCAAAAACCCCAAGACUGGAAGUAACAAGAAGCGAAAGCGAGGAUCAGAUGCGCCAUCUGCGAACGAAGCCCCUUCACAGCACUCCACCGUCAUCUUUGCAGCGACUAAGCACCACGUCGAAUACCUGGCCCACUUCCUCAAAUCGUUUGGAUACGCCACCUCUUACGUCUAUGGAUCGUUAGACCAGACUGCACGAAAGAUGCAGGUUCAGGACUUUCGUUCAGGACUAACUAAUAUUCUGGUAGUCACAGAUGUUGCUGCGAGAGGUCUGGACAUUCCAGUGUUGGCGAACGUCAUCAACUACGACUUCCCCUCUCAGCCGAAGAUCUUCGUGCAUCGAGUCGGACGAACAGCUCGAGCAGACAAAGAGGGCUGGAGUUACAGUUUGGUCACUGGAUCGGACAUGCCUUACCUGCUGGAUCUUCAACUGUUCUUGAGCAGGAAACUGGUUAUGGGGCGAGGCGACAGCGAAUCAGGCAUGUUCAAGGACGCUAUUGUCGUGGGUGCUAUGAUGCGUGACAAAUUGGAGCAGUACAACGAGGAAACCCUGAAGUUGCUUAAUGAAGACUCUGAUCUCGCUGGCAUGCGAGAUGUAGCAGCGAAAGGAGAAAAGCAGUAUCUGCGCACGAGAAACUCUGCUUCUGCGGAAAGUGUGAAAAGAGCGAAGUCGCUGACACAGAGCGAAGAAUCGCGGGCCACCAACAUGCUUUUCGAAGCAGAUGAAGACACCACCGCCGAGCAGCAGCGACUCGAUAUGCUGGCGAGAGUGAGCGGAUUCAGGCCGACGGAGACGGUCUUCGAGAUUGGCAAGCGAGGAGAAAAGAGCGAGGCUGCUGAGAUGAUGAAGCAGAGACGGGCGAAGAUCGAACCAAAAUACCGCAACAAUGGCGAAGCCGAAGAUAGCGAUGUGGAGGGCGAGAGCGCGAAAGCAAAGACGACCGCAGACGACGUGGAAGACGACUCAGACGAGGAAUUGGUCCUCACCCAACCCAACGGCGCAGACAUGUCCGAAGCCGACUCGGAAGACCUUGAACUGACCUUCACCGCCCCGGACACAUCUAAUUACCACCCCAAGGGCAAGAAAUCAGGCAAAGACACCGAAUUCUUCAUGUCCUACACCCCCUCCACCCUCAACCUCGCCGAAGACCGCGGCUACGGCGUGCACUCCGGCGGCACCAACACGCACUUCCUCGACCAAGCCCGCCACGCCACCAUGGACCUCACCAACGACGAAUCCUCGGGCUUCAAAGAAGCCUCCAAACCCGGCAUGCGGUGGGACAAGAAACAGAAGAAAUACGUCUCGCGCGCGAACGAUGAGGACGGGAGCAAAGGCGCCAAAAUGAUCCGUGGCGAAAGCGGACAGAAAAUCGCCGCGAGUUUCAAGAGCGGGCGGUUCGAGGCGUGGAGGAAGGCGAAUCGCGUCGAGAGGUUGCCGAGGGUCGGGGAGAUGGAACGAUCCUCGAACCACCACAACACUCACAAUCAGAAUGGAGAGGGAGGGAACGGCGGCAAGCGCUUCAAACACAAGCAAGAGAAGGCCCCCAAGGAGGCGGAUAAAUUCCGGGAUGAUUAUUAUAAGCGCAAGAAGAAGGUGGAGGCGGCGAGGGAGAAGCGCGUGGGGAGGUUUGCGGAGGGGCCUGGGAAGGGAAAGAGUGAAAUUCGGGGGGUGGAGGAUGUGAGGAAGUUGAGGAAGGUGCAGGAGAGGAGGCGGGAUAAGAAUGGGAGGCCGGCGAGGAGGAAGUAA